CGCGCCAGGGCGCCGGUAAUCGGGACUUUGCAGCGCUCUUUUCGAUGCGGUGCCAUUGAUUCUUGAGCGGCACCCCAAGAUCGAAAUAUUUCGAUUUCAAAGAAGGAUGGGGAAGGAUUUUCCAGCGUCGCCAAAGCUCCACGCGCCCGGCGGCGACAAGAGGCGCAAUCUCUCCUGGAUCUUUGGCGCCGGCGGGCUGUGCUUCUUCUUCUACAUUCUUGGGGCAUGGCAGCAGCAGCCGAGCUCCACCGUCAAGAUCGACACCACGCGAGUCCAUCUCACUCACUGCGAUCGGCCGGAGCAGCAAGCCGCCGUGGGCGAUGCCUCGUCGCUGGAUUUCUCCGCGCACCACGCGGGAGGAGGCGACGAUGAUCCAGCCCUCCUCGAUCUCGCCUUCGAUUCCUGCGCCCUCAAAUUCAGCGAGUACACGCCCUGCGAGGACAUCGAGCGAUCGCUCCGCUUCGACCGCGAUCGCCUCAUCUACCGGGAGCGCCACUGCCCCGCCCAGGACUCGGAGCGUCUCAGAUGCCUCAUCCCGGCCCCUCCCGGGUAUCGCAAUCCCUUCCCCUGGCCCAAGAGCAGGGAUUUCGCCUGGUACGCCAAUGUCCCACACAAGGAGCUCACCGUCGAGAAGGCGGUCCAGAACUGGAUCCAAUACGAGGGCGAUCGAUUCAAGUUCCCUGGCGGUGGCACUAUGUUCCCGAAAGGAGCCGACGCCUACAUUGAUGACAUUGGCAAGCUCGUUCCUCUCAAGGAUGGAUCGAUCCGGACGGCGCUUGAUACUGGCUGCGGGGUGGCGAGCUUUGGAGCAUUUCUUCUCAGCAGAAAUGUCUUGACAAUGUCGUUUGCCCCGAGAGACACGCACGAGGGCCAAGUGCAGUUUGCUCUGGAGCGAGGCGUACCCGCAAUGCUGGGAGUUAUGGCGUCGCAAAGGCUGCUGUAUCCUGCCAGGGCCUUUGAUCUCGCCCACUGCUCCCGCUGCCUCAUUCCUUGGAAGGACUACGAUGGUGUCUAUCUCGCCGAAGUUGAUCGCGUCUUGAGGCCUGGAGGAUACUGGGUGCUGUCGGGGCCGCCGGUGAAUUGGCAGACGCACUGGAAGGGCUGGCAGCGGACCCAGGAAGAUUUGCUGGGCGAGAUGACCGCCAUUGAGGAGCUCGCGAAAGCUCUCUGCUGGAAGAAGGUGGUGGAGAGGGGAAAUCUGGCGGUGUGGAGGAAACCAACAAACCAUUACGAUUGCGUGAGGAACCGGAAGAAGGUGUACAGGGAUCCUCCUAUUUGCAAGGCAGAGGACGCUGACGAGGCGUGGUACAAGCCAAUGCAGGCAUGCAUUACUCCACUCCCAGCAGUGACCGAAAGAUCGGAAGUGUCCGGCGGGAAGCUGGCGAAAUGGCCAUCUCGGGCAACCGAGGUCCCACCCCGAGUUGCAACCGGACUGGUCCCGGGUGUCACACCGGAUGUCUACGAGGCGGACACAAAGCUGUGGAACGAGCGAGUGGGCUACUACAAGAACUCCGUCAUUCCUCCACUGGGGCAGGGGCGAUACAGGAAUAUCAUGGACAUGAACGCGGGGCUGGGUGGAUUCGCGGCUGCCUUUGCCAACGAUAACCGGGUAUGGGUGAUGAACGCGGUGCCACCAUUUUCGUCCGGAAACGCGGACGUUCUCGGAGAGAUUCCCCAGCAGAGCUCGUUCAUGGACAACACGACGCUGGGUGUGAUCUACGAGCGAGGAUUCAUCGGGGUGUACCACGACUGGUGCGAAGCAUUCUCGACGUACCCCAGGACUUACGACUUCAUCCAUGCAAACCGGGUGUUUAGCAUGUACAGAGCGCGGAACAAGUGCGAUCUGGUGGACAUCUUACUGGAAAUGGACAGAAUUCUUCGCCCUGAAGGAGCUGUGAUCAUCCGGGACGAGGUGGAUGUUCUCAACAAAGUCAAGAGGAUCGCGAGCGGUAUGAAGUGGGAGAGCCGGAUGGUGGAUCACGAAACAGGGCCUUUCAAUCGAGAGAAGAUUCUAGUGUCAGUCAAGAGCUACUGGGUGGGAGAGUCCUCGGGCUAAAGAAGAAGAACUUGCGGCAUUUUUCCCGGAAGUAGGGGAAAGGAUGGAUGAUUGAUCGCUUGGACGACACCACAAAGAGAGAGAGAGAUCGUCGUCUUUCUCUCUUCACUGGUGACCACAAAGUGUACAAAGCAAGAAAUUUUAAUGAAAGAAUGGCAUUCUUUUUUCUUU